AUGGAAAAUGAUUUGAACAAAAAUCAGAAUCAUACCGUUGAUUCUUUGAGAAAUUUAAUCAAAGAAUUGAUAUCAAAAAACGUUUCAAUUUUACAAGUGGCAAAUGAUAAUACUAGUGUCAUUAAUUUGAGUGAAAAAAAUUGUCUAUGGAUUGAACAAUUAUCUCAAACAAGUCAUAUUAAUAAUGAAGAUCAAUAUUUCAUUACAUCAGAUUCUCGACUAAUGUUUGAUUUUAUUUAUAUUCAAUCACAGAUUAUUCAAACAUAUCUUUUAUAUUGUUAUAUUAAUUAUCGUCAUAUUAUUCAAAAAUAUCAAUGUCAUACAAAUAGAAUAAAAUCAACAACACAUGAUGAACGUUUAGAUCUUGAUGAAAAAUAUUUAGUUCGAUUAAACAAACUUUAUGAUACUCAUAAACUUCUAAGACAAAUAGCAUCAACAUUGAACACUCACCAGAAUGACUUUUCAACAAAUCAUCUUUUUGAAUUUGUUCGAAUGACUGAUAAAGAUAAUGAUAUUCUUCAACGAUUAGAACAAUAUGAAAUAAAAGAUUUUCAAUUAUGUUAUAUUGAUCAUGUUAUUGAAAUCUAUGAAGAAUCAGUUAGUGGAUUUCAACAUUUAUUUACAGACAUACCACAUUUACUUCGAAUUCAUAUUGAUUCUCAAUUAAAUGAUAAACUUAUUCAAAAAUUAAGUGAGAAUAUUAUUAAAAUUGAUUAUAACUAUGAUGUUGGCAAAAUUCAGAAAACAAUUCAAUCAAUCACAGAAUUUCUUAAUGAAUUAAAAAUAAUUGAAGAUAGUCUUCAACAACAAUCUACACGAUCAUUAAUUGAAACAUAUAGCAAGGCAGCGCAAACAGCUGCCAUCUUCGAAGCUCAGAUGGCUGGUCAAGAGACACCGGACUGUGACCCGCACAAGAAAGCGGAUAGAGAAAAUCAAGGUUGGCUUUCAGGCGAUCAAUUUACGAUUGUUGAAACUCCUAUUGCUCAUGUCAAUGCAACUGUCGGAACCAAAGAAUAA